AUGAACCGACCCAAGAAAGAGCAAGGAGGCAGUAGCAACAACAACAACAACAGCAAAAAAUACGAAUGGGGUAGACCUGAAGAUAAUGUCAAGGAAGAGGAAGAACCCAUUGAGAAAAUAGAACCUAAUUUUGGACUCUCUGGAAAACUAGCGGCUGAAACAAAUACUGUAAAAGGUGUCGAGUUGAAAUAUAAUGAACCUGCGGAAGCUGCGGUUCCCAAGACCAAGUGGAGACUUUAUGUUUUUAAAGGGGAUGAACAAAUUGAUUUAUUACAUAUUCAUAGACAAAGUGCAUACUUAAUUGGACGCGAUAGAGUGGUUGUUGAUAUUCCAGUUGAUCAUCCCUCUUGUUCAAAGCAGCAUGCAGUGAUACAAUAUAGAACUGUGACUGAAGAAGGAGAAAAUGGGAAACCCAAAAAGGUGGUUAAACCUUUUAUUAUUGAUCUUGAAGCUACCAAUGGUACUUUUAUCAAUGGGGACCAAAUACCUAGCACCCGUUUUGUAGAGUUAAAAGCAAAGGAUGUGAUUAAAUUCGGUAGUAGUACCAGAGAAUAUGUUCUUUUGCAUUCUGAAUAA